AUGAGCAAUGUAGCCAAGACAACAGUGAAGAGCAGAACUCUUCAGGCCAUUAAAGGAGCUACCGAGGAAGCCACCCUGAAGACGAUCAACCUGAGCUUUGUCACUGCACUAGAUGAGCCAGCAGGACCCCUCGCAGGCCUCUCGCACCCUCCCCCGGUCACGCACCGGAGGCACCGCACGGCCCCAGCCGCGGCGCACGCCAGCCUGGCCGACGAGGCACAAGGGAGCCAAGCAGACCGUAACCGCAGGCCUCGCCAAGCGGGGGAGGCGGCCGCGCCGGCCGGCUUGAAAUCACUGUUGGUUUUGGUUUUCAGAUGUGUUCUAAAAGAACUGGAAUCACUGGGAAAAGCACUGUACGGAGCAAAAUUAAUUGCCCAAAGAUUUCAAGUUCGAAACUGUUCUCACCACAAGGAUCCUGUGAGUGGUUCGACCUGUUUACUUUCUAUGAUUGAAGAAGGCAACCCUCAUCACUUCUUUAUCGCUACACAGGACCAGGAUUUAGCAAACAAAGUGAAAAAGAAGGCUGGCGUUCCUCUCCUCUUUAUUAUUCAGAACACUAUGGUGCUAGACAAACCUUCUCCGAAAUCUUUGGCAUUUGUUCAAAAGUUGCAGACAAAUGAGCUUGUUCCAGAGCACCAAAAACAAAGUAUUGAGCAGCUUAAAGAAAAAGAAGGACUAGCGAAGCAAGAAGGUGAAAAGAGAAGGAAACGUAAAAGGGCAGGCGGCCCCAAUCCUCUCAGCUGUCUGAAGAAGAAAAAGAAGAAAACACAGGAGGGUCAGGAGCCUUCUGCUGAAAAGAAGAAAAGAAGAAAAAGAAAGCGAAAUAGGGUUAAAGCAGAAGCUGUGCAGUCAGUGCGGAAGAAUGAAGAAGAAUAAACCCAUCUUUGUAAACAAUGCAGGACUUGAACAUUGUUUGAACUCUAUAUACUAAUCUUUCUUUUUGCAAUCAUGUGAAAUCAAGUUGUUCUUAUUAAAACUUAUUUUUC